CCGCCCGAGGAGGAAUCACAAGUGAGAGUCAUAGAUGGAUUGCUCGUCAUCUCAAUAGAUUGUAAUCACGGACAUCUAGAAUGCAGAUUCUUCAAUUGCUCCCUAGGACUGUAUGCUUCUGUGAUCACGACUUCCAUAAUUUUACAGUAGCUUGACUGGUUCUUCUUUCUCCUGAAUCUUGAUUGAUCGAAUUUUCUCAAUUCGCGGCUUCGCUGCAGCUUGAAUGGUACCAAGUAAUUACUAUUAGAUCUUCGACAGUAGAAGGGACGAAGUCCGGUUUAGCGCAGCUUUGGGUUACUCGGCCUCACGAGCCCCUUACUCAAGUUUGAAGCUAUUCUUUCGAGCAUGUCUUCUAUUUCAUUUUUGAUUUACAGAGAAGAGCGCGCAUGUGGAGAAGUUCUUGUUCAUGUGAAAUGUCAAUCUUUAGGUCAACUCUGAGGCUGGAACCCUUUAUCCAUCUCCCACUGAGAACCUCAAAAUGAGCAAGAUGUUUCUUUAUCUGAGCAAGAAGAUUAGUAUGCCCAAUGGGCUUAAAGUGAGCAGCUUAUCAUGGAACUCAGAACAAGGGUGGCUCGCAUGCGGAGGCGAGACUGGCCUUCUCAAGGUGCUAAAGUUGGAACCGAGAGCACCAAAUGAAGGCAAGAGGUCGCCUUUGGUUGCAGCUCCAUCGAACUUAUCGAUGAACCAAACUCUAGAAGGGCAUCAUGGCACCGUGGUUGCCGUCAACUGGAACCAGAACUACCGCAAGCUUACCUCUAGUGAUGAAAAAGGCCUCAUCAUUGUGUGGGUGUUACACAAGGGGAUGUGGUUUGAAGAAAUGAUCAAUGACAGAGACAAGAGUGUGGUCCGUGACAUACGGUGGUCACCAGACGGACAAAAAAUCUGUAUUGUGUAUGAGGAUGGGCAUGUCGUCCUGGGAAAUGUUGAUGGCAAUCGGUUGUGGGGAAGGACUCUAGAUGUUCAACUCCUGUUGAUCGAGUGGUCUCCAGAUUCCCGGCUUAUCCUGCUUUGUACCUCACUGUGCACAUGUCAAAUCCAUGACUUGAAAGGCAAUUUUGUUGCUCAAGUGGGCAUAAAAUUUAUGGAAAGAGAAUUUGCACCUGCAGCUGUUAUUGUUGCAAUUGAUUGGUACAAUGGUCUCGAGGGUUAUAGUGACCCUAAUGCUCCCAGCUUGGCUUUAGCUUUUCAGCUCGGAAAGAUUCAGCUGAUGAGGCACGAAAUGGAUGAAGAGCCUAUUCUGCUCGAGUUGCAGAUGACGAUCACUUGCAUCAAGUGGAGUCCAGAUGGUGAUGUUCUUGGGGUUGUGGGAUCAGAUGUUUCAACGAAUGUAAAAGCCCCAAGCUCCAUCGUCCAGCUUUUCUCCCACACCGGCGUGCAUCUGCGAACUCUGAGAGUACCCGGAGCAAGAACGAGUGCUUUAUCUUGGGAAGGAGGUGGGUUGAGGCUUGCUCUUGCGGUGGAUUCUUACAUCUACUUAGCAAACAUCCGACUAGAAUACAAGUGGGCGUUCUUUGGGAGCAGCACAUGUGUAUAUGGCUUUAAGAAAAAAGACCAUUCAGACCACUCUGUCAUGUUUUGGGAUAUUGUCACUGGCGAAAGGUAUUGCAAGUGUGUGAACCAUUUGAUCGCAGUCUGCGCAGCUAGCGAGUUUUGUGUUCUUGCCACACUGGGGGAGGAACCAGAUCAGUAUGUCUUAAUUCUUUGCAAUGCAAUUGGUAACCCAGUUGACUCGAAGUAUGUCAAGACGCAGCCGCUUCAUGUGGCUAUGAAUUUAAAUUUUGUGUUUGUAGCCUCAGAGUUUCAUGUGUAUAUGUGGAAGUACAGCCCCAAAUCGUCUUCCUUCAACACAGGGGAAUCAGAAAAGAUGCAAGAUACUAAUGGGGUCGCAUCGCAAGAAAGCACUUUCCAUAUUGAUGAAGAAUUCUUUCAAAAAUCUGGGAAGGGCAUGAGGGCGGACGAUUCUGCAAUUGCUAGCACGGACAAAAUUUGUUGCAUGUGCUGCUCUGACAAAUUUCUCAUGGUGGGUCGUGAAUUUGGAGUUUUGCACUGUUACGACAUUGUUGGGUUGCGACAAGAAGGGAAAGAAACUCUUCACUGUCGACCUCAUGCUAUAGAGCUGAAUUGCGACUCCACGCGCCUUUCGGUUAUCGAUGUGAGCGGAAUGCUUUAUUUGUAUGAGGUUCAGAGACAACCUCAUGGAGUGAAAGAGAAACAAGGUACUGCUGUGAGACUUACCAAUAAGGUCCCGAACUUCGAGCGGAAAGAUGUAUGGAAUAUCAAAUGGGCAGAUGAUAAUCCAAACUUACUGGCUGUCAUGGAGAAAGCUCGUAUGUACAUCCUGCGAGGCACUGAACCAGAGGAGCCUGUUGCGUGCACUGCCUACUUGUGUAGCUUCCACGAUCUUCAGAUACAAGCCAUCCACCUUGAUGACGUGAUGCAUCAACCUGAGGAUCCCAGCAUGGAGCAUGUAUUCAAUUAUGAAACCAAGACAUUACGGGAUACACAACAGAUGCUUUCAGCUGUUGACAUUCAAGAUGCUUAUUCCUACGUAGAAGAGCACUCUCAUCCUCGGCUUUGGAUUUCUUUGGCAAACCAUGCUCUCGAGACACUGGACCUUUCUUAUGCUGAAAAGGCAUUCGUGAGAUGCCAGAAUUACCAUGGCGUUCGCUUCGUUAAAAGUCUCCAUGCAUUGAAAAACAAAUCCACACAAAAAGCAGAGAUUUGUGUGUACUUCAAGAGAGACAAAGAAGCCGAACAAAUAUAUUACAGUAUGGACAGGAAAGACCUUGUUGUUGAUAUGCGCAUGAAAUUAGGAGACUGGAUCAUGCUAGAGAAAUUGCUGGAGGGAGGUGGUGGCAACGACUCUCUGCUGGAGCUCACGUGGAAUAAUAUUGGCGAUUAUCAUGCAGAUAGGCAGAGUUGGGACAAAGCAGCUGUGUAUUACUACAAAUCCAAAAACUGCGAGAAACUGGCGGAAUGCUUGUAUGCACUGGGCGACUGGGAUGCUCUUGGAGCUUUGCUGGAGUCUCUUCAUCAAGGCUCUACUCUGUUCUUGUCCUUGGCCAAGAAGUUUGCUAAUGUUGGCAUCUGCAAGCAUGCAGUCACAGCUUUUGUGGAAGGGAAGAACAUAAAAGCAGCAAUUGAUGCUAGUAUGGAUCUCAACCACUGGGACGUAGCCAUGAACUUGGCUAUGAAGCACGACGAACUGCAGUAUGUGGAAAGCGCGAUUGCAAAAUAUACUAUGUUUUUAAUAGAUUCAGGGAAUCCUUUGCAAGCCGUCCAAGUCCAUAUUGAUGGAGGUCAACAGCUGGAAGCAGCUAAGAUAUUAGUUCGACUUGCUUGCCAGAUGGCCACUAUCAAGGCUAGUCCAUUGAUGGUGAAGAAACUGUAUGUGCUAGCUGCAUUCCAAGCAGAUGCCAGUCGUGCUUCUUUCGAUACCAAACAACACGAUGCAUCUUCAUCUUUGAAUAGUUUUUUCGAGGAUGCGUGGCAUGGAGCGGAGGCGUAUCAUUUCUGGCUAUUAGCUCAUCGUGAAUUGUAUGCUAGCCAUUAUGACCAGGCCAUGAAGGUUUCAUUGUGGCUCCGGAACUAUGAAGACAUUUUAGAUGUUAUAGAUAUAUAUUCUUUAAUUGCUCUUACAUCCUUCUUAAACAAGCAUUACGCACAUUGCAGUAAAGCUGUUUCAAAGUUGGAGUCUCUGUCACACAUUUCUGAGAAGCAAAAAAACAUGUAUUCACAGUUGGCACUUUCAAUCUUCACACGCUUCAACCCAAUCAAUCCUCAUAGAACAAUCACACAAUGUUGCAAAAACUGCAAUACUCCCAUACAGGAAUUACAAACUAAAUGUUCAUCACCAACUUGUAAGAUCACUUUUCCUAUUUGCAUGACUACUGGGAACGUCAUCGUUGACGAAUCCAAUCUACAGUGCAGUACAUGUAAACAUUAUAGAAUUGUUUCUAAACUAAAACAAUGUAAAUAUUGUCCUUUAUGUCAUAGUCCUUCAGAACAUGCAAACAUCCUAUCAAUAUGAAAUUUUAAUUGUUGUUAUGUAAA